GAAUAGACUCACUACAUAGUAUGUAGUUAGCCGGACUGUAUGUUCUCCAGUCUUGGCCCUUUCCUGCCUUCUUAAAUAGUAGUGCUUCUCAUUUAGCCAGCUCCACGAUCUUCAUCUUCAUCUCCGAUAAAUUCACAUAUAUGCACCUUGACGGUUUGUUGGGCCUCUAGUGACUCUUUCGGACUACCUAAGUACCUAAUAUUUAUAAACAAGGCCUGUCCCUACAUAUCUUUCAUCUUCUCUUAUCUUCUCUCUAGUCUUCUCUCUAAUUCCUAUCCUAUCCUAUCCUCGGACAUAUCCAUCAAAAAAUCGGACAUCAUACGGGGCCAGCCUCUUUUCAAAGCCAGCUGUUUGCUCAGUCUUGCUUGCCCAGGCACUUUCUUGCCUUAAGCUUUCACGUAGUCAACAUUUCAGCCUCGUCAUACCGUCAUAAUGGCUCCUGAUCUUAAUUCUCUACCGCGGUCAUCACUUAGCCCGGAUGGUUCUCGUCAAGCGGCUACGCCUGUAGCUAAUGGCAUCAAUGGGACGAACGGCUCUUCGGAGAAACUCCCCAAUAUCCUCUUCCUCAUGGCGGAUCAGCUGGCUGCUCCGUUACUUAAGAUGUACAACCCGGAAUCUCAGAUCAAGACCCCCAAUCUUGACGCCCUGGCAGCCAAAUCUGUCCAGUUCGACUCCGCAUACUGCCCUUCUCCCCUCUGUGCUCCCUCUCGUAUGAGUCUGAUUUCUGGCCAACUGCCUAUGAAAAUUGGGGCCUACGAUAACGCCUCCCAAAUCGGAAGCGAUGUGCCCACUUAUGCUCACUAUCUGCGGUUGAAGGGCUAUCACACUGCUUUAGCCGGCAAGAUGCAUUUCGUGGGGGACCAGCUCCACGGGUACGAGACUCGUCUUACCAGUGAUAUUUACCCUGGCGACUUUGGCUGGGCUGUGAACUGGGAUGAGCCCGAUAGGCGGCUGGAGUGGUAUCACAACGCGAGCUCCAUCCUCCAAGCAGGUACUUGUGUGCGAAGCAACCAGUUGGACUACGACGAGGAGGUUAUGUACAAGUCGACUCAGUUCCUUUACGAUCAGGUUCGCGAAGGGCCGGAUUCGAGGCCGUUCUGCUUGACCGUCUCCCUUACCCACCCUCACGACCCGUACACUAUCGAAGAAAAGUACUGGGAUCUCUACGAAGACGUAGACAUUAAGUUACCUAAAGUUAGGAUCCCUAAGGAGGAACAGGAUGCCCACAGCAAACGGCUGAUGAAGGUGUGCGAUCUCUGGGAUGAGGACUUUACAGAUGAGCAAAUCAAGCGAGCUCGGAGAGCAUACUACGGUGCCGUCAGUUACGUCGAUGACUGCAUCGGGCGUAUUCUUCGCGUUCUUAAGAACUGCCGACUGGACGAUAAUACUAUCGUCGUCUUUAGCGGAGACCACGGUGACAUGCUUGGAGAACGUGGGUUAUGGUAUAAGAUGAGCUAUUUCGAGUCUUCGGUGCGAGUACCGCUCUUGAUCUCGGACCCUCGGCGCUUCACCCCUCAUCGUGUAAAGCAGAAUGUGUCAACUUUAGAUAUUCUCCCGACGCUGUGCGACCUCGUCGGUACCAAGCCCAUUCCCGGAUUACCCAUGGAUGGUCUUUCUCUCCUCCCCCACUUAGAGGGUAGAGAGGGUCACGAUACCGUGAUCGCCGAAUAUACGGGUGAAGGAACUAUUAGUCCAUAUAUGAUGAUUCGACGUGGUCCCUGGAAGUAUAUCACAUGCCCGACAGACCCGCCGCAACUAUACAACCUUGAGCGUGACCCUCUCGAACUUCUCAACCUGGCACAACUCGUGGAUAAGAAGGAGGCGCUUACCCCCGAAGAAGAGGAGGCCAAGGAGAAGUUCGAGAAAUUCGAAGCCGAAGCAAAGGCUAGGUGGGACUUCGAUGCUAUCACACAACAAGUGCUGCUGUCGCAACGGACACGAAGACUUGUAUGGGGUGCUUUGAACAAGGGCAAGUUUGAGGCGUGGGAUUACAACCCCAAUGACAAUGGCACCUCAAAAUAUAUCCGAUCUUUCCUACCUCUCGACGAUUUGGAGCGUCGUGCGAGAUUCCCACCUGUUGACAAAUAUGGCCGAGAGACCGGAAAGGUUCUCGUUGACCAAGCAGGUUCACAUGGCGAGUAGCCAUACCUAUACUUCUACGACUCCACUUGGUUAUGAUAUUUGAAAGCGAUGUGGCGUCUUCUUUUUUUCUUUUUCUUUUUUUUUUCUUUAAAGAUGGGUAUUGAUAAGGAUCCAGUUAGGUGGCGAUGCAUCAUCCAUGGCGCCCAAGCAUGCUUAAGGACUUGACUACUUCGGUCUAAGAGGUCACGAUUUUUUUUGAUAAGGAUUUGGCGACGAGUUAUGGAUGAAUGAUUUCAUGGGGUUAAUGAAAAAAAGAAAAAGAGAGCAAUGAUGCGCUAGAUACCUUUUAUCUUUGAAAUAAAUGCUGCAUUAAAAAAAAAGUCGAUAGGCAACUGAAGACUCAAACCUAUCUAACCGUGUUGUCACAUGCCGCAUCAAAAAA